AUGGGAAUGUUUGAUAAUUUUUUAAGUUUACUAAAGAUUAAUAAAGAAAAAAUGACAGUGCUAGUGGUAGGUUUGAACAACAGUGGAAAAUCCAGCAUUAUUAACAGUUUUAAAAGGAAAAAUGAAGCCAAUGCGUAUAUAUCAGUACCUACCGUAGGUUUUACAAAUGAGGAAUUUUGUAGUCAUGGGGUACAGUUUGCCGUAAUAGAUAUGUCAGGUGCCUGGAAAUAUAGAAAUCUAUGGCAGCAUCAAUUCAAAAACUGUCAGGGUAUAAUUUAUGUUAUUGAUUCCAGUGAUAACAUGAGAAUGGUGGUUGUUAAAGAGGAGCUUUAUAUCUUAUUACAACACCCUGAUUUAGUAGAUCGUCAAAUACCUAUUUUAUUCUAUGCUAAUAAAAAUGAUUGUGAAAAUUCUUUAUCCAGCGUCAAUAUUGCUGCUGCUUUAGAUUUAACCUCUGUAAUGGAUAAACCAUGGCAUAUCAGUUCUAGUAGUGCUAAAACUGGAGAUGGUCUGGAUGAAGGUGUACAAUGGCUGAUACAGCAAAUACGUUUAAAAAAUCAAAAACAUCAUUCCAAAAAAGAUAAAUCUAAGCGAAAAUAG